CAGAGCGACCAGGAAGCUCUGGGAGCGGGCUGGUGCAGUGAGAGAGGAGUUGGGUGUCUCAGGGAUAGAAUGGGGGCAGCAGGGAGGGAUUCUAUAAACAUACACCCAGCGCUCUAUCUCCACAGUAACACUUACCCUGGUUAGACGUGUGCCCAUGCAUUGUACACUAUAAAGCCCCAUGCAGAUCACCUAGAUAUGUGUGUACUUUUUCACCUUCUGUAAUGCAGGGACCGCCUUGAGUGCUUUCCCAAGUUUACGCUAUACUCCCCAUACCAGAGUUCAUUGGAUGAAUAAGCAUUCAGACCUACUCUUUAGCCCGAUCUGCCAUCCGUAGACACCCUGCUGUAGCCUGGGCUGAUUGUCUAGGCAUAUCAUAGUGAUAGAGAGUCUGUCUUGAAGGACAUGGGCUGUGUGUGCGGUGGAUGGAGGAGCGCGCUCUCACUAGUUCCUGCCUAGUUCCAUAGCUGGUUUAGGCAUUAGACAGCUCGUGUCUGCUCCUUGCUGCUGUAGGAGACAGUGCCCCUUUGCUCUGCUAAGAAGGUGUCAUGGGGACUCGUUAUUUAGCGGAGUUCCCGGGUUGCAGGAGGACCAUGUACCUCUUCCUGGUUUUGGUGUUGGUUCCCUGCCUCGCCUCCUAUUCCAGUGAGCCUAGUAACUCCGGGGACCCCGCCGCAGAUAGUGGAGCAAUCCGGAGCGUCACCUUGACUCCCCAUGAGACUGUGCCGGCCAACCACACACAGAAUGGCACCAAUGGGACUGGGGGCCACGGGCACGGCGGCAGGCACAAGGUGUUCCCCGUCCUGGAUCUGGACUAUGAGCAUGUUCGACUGCCUUUUGAGAUCGCUCUCUGGAUCCUUCUGGCUUGUCUUAUGAAACUUGGAUUCCAUGUAAUUCCAACCCUGUCAAAUGUGGUUCCAGAAAGCUGCCUUCUGAUUGUUGUUGGUCUUCUGGUGGGUGGACUUAUAAAAGCAGUGGGUGAAACUCCUCCAGUUUUAAGGUCGGAUGUGUUUUUCUUAUUCCUGCUGCCCCCUAUUAUCCUUGAUGCAGGAUACUUUCUCCCACUGCGUCCUUUUUCUGAGAAUUUGGGGACUAUUUUAAUGUUUGCUGUGGUGGGCACACUGUGGAAUACUUUUUUCUUAGGUUCUCUGCUGUAUGCUGUGUGCCAGAUUGGAGGUCCACAGCUUUCAAACGUCAACCUCUUGGCCAAUUUGUUGUUUGGCAGCAUUAUUUCUGCAGUGGACCCAGUAGCUGUGUUGGCGGUUUUUGAAGAGAUCCAUAUUAAUGAACUUCUUCACAUCCUGGUAUUUGGAGAGUCUUUGCUUAAUGAUGCCGUCACUGUGGUCCUUUACCACUUAUUUGAAGAAUAUGCUGCCCUGGAUCAACUCUCCUUCCGUGAUAUUUUACUGGGGUUCCUGAGUUUCUUUGUGGUGGCCCUUGGAGGGGUGUUUGUAGGAGUGGUUUAUGGAAUAAUUGCAGCCUUCACUUCCCGCUUCACCUCUCACAUCCGUGUCAUCGAGCCACUCUUUGUAUUCCUAUAUAGCUACAUGGCAUAUCUGUCUGCGGAACUAUUCCAUCUCUCUGGCAUUAUGGCUCUUAUAGCCUCUGGAGUGGUAAUGAGACCAUACGUUGAAGCUAAUAUUUCCCACAAGUCACACACUACCAUCAAAUACUUCCUGAAGAUGUGGAGCAGUGUAAGCGAGACGUUAAUUUUCAUCUUUUUGGGGGUGUCGACUGUAGCUGGACCUCACUCUUGGAACUGGACCUAUGUCAUCAGCACCCUUAUCUUCUGUCUGAUAGCACGUGUUCUUGGUGUCCUUGGCCUGACUUGGUUCCUUAACAAAUUCCGAAUAGUGAAACUGACUCCAAAGGACCAAUUUAUUAUAGCAUAUGGAGGUCUACGAGGAGCUAUUGCUUUCUCUCUGGGAUAUCUGCUGGAUAGUAAACAUUUCCCAAGAGAGAUGUUCCUUACUGCAAUCAUCACAGUCAUCUUCUUCACUGUCUUUGUGCAGGGAAUGACAAUACGUCCUCUUGUGGAGCUGUUGGCAGUGAAGAAAAAACAGGAAAGCAAACGGUCUAUUAAUGAGGAGAUCCACACACAGUUUUUGGAUCAUCUUCUGACAGGAAUUGAGGAUAUCUGUGGUCACUACGGCCACCAUCAUUGGAAGGAUAAGCUGAACCGUUUCAAUAAGACUUACGUGAAGAAGUGCCUUAUUGCUGGAGAGAGGUCUACAGAGCCACAAUUGAUUGCCUUCUAUCACAAAAUGGAAAUGAAGCAGGCAAUAGAGUUGGUAGAGAGCGGUGGUGUUGGAAAGAUCCCUUCAACAGUGUCCAUGCAGAACAUUCAGCCUAGGCCUAAGACAAUAGAAAGAUUUAUCCCAACUUUGUCAAAGGUGAAAGAGGAGGAGAUUCGCAAAAUCCUUCGCACUAACUUGCAGAAGACACGUCAGAGGCUGCGCUCUUAUAACAGGCAUACACUAGUGGCUGAUCCAUAUGAAGAUGCCUGGAACCAGAUGUUAAUCCGCAGACAGAAAUUAAACCACAUUGAACAGAGGACAAACAACUUCCUAACUGUCCCUGCACACAAACUGGACUCCCCCACUCUGUCUAGGGCUCGUGUGGGCUCAGACCCCCUUGCCUAUGAACCUAAACCAAAUUCUGAAGGUCUCCCAAUGAUCACUAUAGACCCUGCAUCACCAGAGUCUGUAGAGAUGAUGAAUGAGACACAAGAGGACGAGGGUGAAAUUGGUAUCACCAUGAAGAUCCAGGAACCUCCCUCACCUGGAGCAGAUGAUGUUUUUGCUCCUAGUGAUAGUCCAAACUCUCAACGUCUUCAGCGCUGCUUAAGUGACCCAGGGCCCCAACCAGAGGAGAGCCAACCUUUCCUUCAAAAGCCAGAGUGAUUCCUUUGACAUACUGAACUGUGCAAGAUAGCAGUGGGUCUACAUCAGAAGAAAAUGUAUUGAAGUUUUUUAUAUAUAUUUUUUAUUUUAUUUUUCUCUCCAUGCCUCAACACAACUAUUAUUGUCUGUUAUCAUUAUCCUUUUGAACACUUCUUUUCAACUUUCUCCCUUUCUCUCGUUAUCGUUCACACUGUUUUCCCUUCUCCUUUUAUUUUAUUUAUAUAUAUUGUUUUUUAAUUGGGACUUACCAGGCCUGUUUUCUCAUUCAUUCCCACCUAUUCUUUUUUUUUUUAAUUUGUUUCUAACCAAAGAAUAUUGAAUUUAUUUGUAUAUUUGGUUCACAUCAUAUCACAGUUUUGUACAUGGUACUUUUUGCUGUAUUUUAAUUCAUAUGUAUGCUCUAUUUUUGAUUGCUGAUUGCAAUGGGAGUGGUUUUAAAGGGCUUCCAUUGCAAAUAUGUAUUUGAAGGGGUUAAAAAUGUGAGUGUUCUCUCCUAUUUGUAAUCUGUGCAGCUGAUGCAAGAUGGAUGUUGUGAAGAGAUAUUGCCAGGAACUAGCAAAUCUCUAAGAAUUUUAGCCUAUUUGUAGUUGGGCACUGCUCUGCUCCACAAGAGCAUAGUAUGGGCCGUUUAAGUCUCUUGAACAUUCCAAUACAGAUGGAUUCACAAGAAAAUCUUCUUAACCCCUUGAGGUACAGUACAUUUUUCAUUUGGUCAAUCCGUUCCAUCCAUCCUAUACCAGCAAGGAACGUCAACAGUGUCUAACAGUUUACUCCUGAUGCUAAAUUAUGAGAACAUUUUGGAAAAGGUUAAGACCAGGUUAACUCUUAAAUUAUUAAAAAUAAAGACUUUGGGGAAAGUUUUUCAGACACGAGUAAUUGUUGCUUUAAGAUUCAGUGAAGGAAUGAGUUCCUGUGCACAAAUUUCACAACUAGGCAUCUUCGCAUCCCAGCUGCAAGUUCUUUCAUGUGAAUGUAUAAAAACAAAUAGUGUGUGUAUAUACAUACACACGUGUGCACAUUAGCUUUGACCCCCAACACACCAGCAGCAAAUAUGUUAAAACAGAAAUCACUGUAUAGACAAAUGUUUGUUUAUUUAGAAUGCAUUCCUCCCUCAUUCACCACAAUGGGGCAUUUAUAUGGAUAGGCAAUAGGGAAGUAUUAAAUUAUUAUAAAAUUCUUUGUGAGCAUUGUAAAAAUUACAUGAAUUGUAUGUACUUGUUCUCACAAAGUAUAGGACAAGAGCUAUUGCCUUUACCAAGCUAGUCACUCCAUGCUUGUUGGAAUUCAAAACUAAUACUAUCUUCUUUAUUCAUAAGGCGCCUACAUAUUCAACAGUAAUGUAGAGUGGGUAGGCCUACCACACUAUACAGAUACAGUGAGACAAGUGGGUGAAUGGGAAAACAAGAGAUGAUUGCUCUGCUUAAACGAGCUACAUCCUUUAUGAACUUAUCUUGCUCUUGCCGUAAGGGCAAAUAUUUAAGUGCACCAUUGGGAACACAUGCUUUUUACUUAGCACGGCUUCUACAAAUGUGUAUAUAAAAA